AUGGAUGCAAACAAUGAGAGUUAUGGGACAGACUUCAUCCUUCUGGGGUUUUCUGACAGACCUGGAGUAGAACGUGUCAUCUCCGUGGUGGUCUUCCUCUCCUAUCUCGUGACUCUGGUGGGAAACUCAACCAUCAUCCUGGUGUCUCACCUGGACGCCCAGCUCCACACGCCCAUGUACUUCUUCCUCUCCAACCUGUCGCUCUUGGAUCUCUGCUAUACAACCACCAUUGUCCCCCAGAUGCUGGUGAAUCUGUGGGGGUCAAAAAAGUCAAUCACAUAUGAAGGGUGUGCACUCCAGUUCUUCUUUGCCCUGGACCUGGGCGCCACAGAGUGUCUGCUCUUGGCUGUGAUGGCCUAUGACCGCUAUGUUGCUGUGUGCCAGCCUCUGCACUACACGGUGAUCAUGCACCCUCGGCUCUGCCACCAGAUGGUGCUGGCUGCCUGGCUAACGACUGCUGGGUGUUCCAUACUUCUUUCCACUUUGACUUUGAUGUUGCCAAGAUGUGGGCACCGAGAAGUGGAUAAUUUUUUCUGUGAGAUGCCAGCAUUUAUCAAGAUGGCUUGUGCUUCUUCAAAAGUAGUUGAGACUGUGGCCUUUUAUCUUGGAGUGAUAUAUCUUCUGGUGCCAUUAUCACUAAUUCUCAUAUCUUACGGCAUCAUCACUCGUGCUGUGAUGAGGAUCAAGUCUGCAGGAAGAUGGAAAAAAAUCCUCAACACCUGCGGCUCCCACCUCACCGUGGUGACUCUCUUCUAUGGGACACUCAUGUCUAUGUACAUGAAGCCCCAGAGUAACAACACAGCCCCCGAUCAGGGCAAGUUCCUGACUCUCUUCUACAGCAUCAUCACUCCCAGCCUGAACCCUCUGAUCUACACGCUGAGAAACAAAGACGUCAAGAGUGCAGUGAAAAGGCUGCUGUUGGCAAAGAAAUGGUCAGCAGAGUCAUGA